AUGUUUCUGGUUUACCUCAUCCCCUUCCUUGCGACAGUGUAUUUUGUCUAUACACGUCUGGCUUCACCACUGGCUAAGCUUCCUGGCCCGACAUAUACAAUAUUUACACCUUUGUAUCUCAUCUACAACGAAUUCACUGGGAAUCGACGAGUCUACAUUGAUGACCUCCACACAAUCUAUGGCCGUGUCGUCCGUAUCGGACCUAAUGAAGUCAGUUUCGCAAGCUAUGAAGCCAUGAAGGAAAUUUAUACAUCCGGCGGCAGUGGCUUUGACAGAACAGAAUUCUACGAGCUGUUUAUGCAGUUUGGGACCAAGACGUUGUUUUCAAUGCCGCCUAGAGGUGAACAUAGUCAACGUAAACGUAUUCUUGCGGAUCGAUAUGCGAAUACGAAUAUCAUGCGACCAGAGACCAUUGACGCAUUGACUGAGCGUGCGAAACAGUUUUUGGAGAAUUGUUUGGCUGAGAACGGGGGUGAUGCUGAUGUUUAUGUGCACUUACAUUGCUUUGCACUGGAUGGAGCUUCUCAGCAUUUAUUCGCUCCUUAUGGCACUAAUUCUUUGAAGGAUCCUGAGGACUUCAAGAUUAUGGAAGAGAUGUCUUAUGCGGAUAGUCUGAGAGCACCUUACUUGGAAUACUACGCGCCGAAAGUCGCUGCUUUUUUCGACAAUCUUAACUCCAAGCGUUCGAGAUCAGUACCCCUGGCUAAUGACUUUGUCCUCGACGCUGUCAAGAAGCCUAAUCCUGCAUCAUAUUCUUUGCUCUCAAAACUGCAUUCCAAAGCUUCCGAGCUCGAGGAGCUCUCAGCAGCCGCGGAGAGCAUGGAUCACCUGGCUGCAGGGAUCGACACAACAGGCGACGGCUUAUGUUUCCUCAUGCAUGAGCUUUCCCUUCCUCACAACGCACACAUCCAGCACAAGUUGCGAGAAGAGAUUGAUGGCAGUCAAGGCAAAAGCUUUGAUCAGUUGCCGUAUCUGGAUGCUGUCGUCAAGGAAGGCCUUAGGGUCUUUCCACCUAUCCCAAUGAGUUUUCCGCGCUAUUCACCGGAUGAUGGAACGACACUGGAUGGCCACUAUAUCCCUGGCCAUGUCAUUGUUUCGUGUCAGCCAUUCACGCUUCAUAAGGACCCGGCUGUCUUUCCGUCGCCUGAGAGGUUUGAUCCACAGAGAUGGCUACAAGACAAGGGAGAGCUUGAACGCAAUCGUAUGUUCUUCGCCUUCUCACAAGGCGCAAGGGGAUGUAUUGGCAAGCAUUUGGCUUUGGCUGAGAUGAAGAUUCUGUUGAGAGAGGUGUAUGGAGGAUACAGGACUGGAUUGAGCAAGGAGAAGGCGAAUAUGAUCCUGGACGACCAGGUCAUUUCUUCUAGACCCAAGGGUCAGAAGUGUCGGUUGGUGUUUGAGAAAGUCGUUUAA